GCAGUCGUCACUUGUAGGCGGAGAAACAGGGCGGCCGCAAAUAUAUUCUGAGCCUCUUUGUCAGAUUAAGGACACGAGGAUAAGCGAUUGAGGGUGAUUUUUACAAGCCCCGGACGGACUACACCGGGAUUUUUGUUUUUUCUUUUUUAUCGUUUCCACAGACACAAACAUGACUACGGAGAUCGACAUGAAGGAGGUGGACCUCACGAACGAGGUGGACGCUGAGAAGCAGCCCAUGACGGGCGACGGCCAGGCUGCCGGCGGGGAGAAAAACGGCAGCGUCAAGCUGAAGGUCCCCGACGACGAGGUCACAUUCACGGGCCUGUCCAAAGAGGAGCUGAUGAAGGUGGCGGGCACUCCAGGGUGGGUGCGAACCCGUUGGGUGCUGCUCGUUCUCUUCUGGCUGGGCUGGUUGGGCAUGCUGGCCGGAGCCAUAGUGAUCAUAGUCCAGGCCCCUCGCUGUAAACCCAUCCCCGAGAUGAACUGGUGGAACGAAGGACCUCUGUAUCAGAUCUCGGACCUUGAGGCCUUCUCCGAGGGAUUGGAAGGUGUUGAGGCAAAGUUGGACGACUUAAACCAGCUGAAGGUGAAAGGCCUGAUCCUCGGACCUCUUCACAGUGUCCAGGCCGACCAGUCGGAAACUCUGGACCUUAAAGCCUUCGACCCCAAGCAGGGGAAAUCGAAGGAAAGCCUGAAAUCCAUGAUGGAGAAGGCCCAAAAGAAGGGCAUUUCUGUGGUGCUUGACCUGACUCCCAACUACAAGGGAGCUGCCCCCUGGUUCACUGAAAAAAUCGAUGACAUGGUAGAAAAAGUCAAGGCUGCAGCCGAGUACUGGCUGAAUGAGGGUGUUGAUGGCAUCAAGGUGUCUGAUCUCCCUGUUGCCUCGGUCGGAGCUCCGUGGUUGAAACUUCAUCAGACCUUCCAGAGCAACAGCACCGAGGAGAUCAAGAAGAAGUUGCUAAUGGGUGCGGUUCAAGGUAUUUCUGCUAACGAGGUGUCUCAGCUCCUCAACACGUCCGGGGUGGGCCUCGUCCUGUCCGACCUGCUCAGUAGCAACGAGGAAGGAGGAGAGCGCAUCAAGGCCAUGGACGCCCUCCACAGUCAGCAGAGGAGCGUGGGCUGGGGUCUGGGCGCGGCCCAGCAGGACCAACUGUCCAAACGGGCAAAAACUUCGGGCCUGAUCCGACUCUACCAGCUCCUGCUGUUCACCAUGCCUGGGACGCCAGUGUUCAACUACGGAGACGAAAUCGGCCUUCAGGCGACACAGGGUGAAAAAUAUCCUAAGAUGGUUUGGGAUGUUGAAAAGGAGCCUAAAGACGAUGUCACUGAGGAGACGGCUGAGGCGAAUCGCACAGAACGCGCUGACAUAAGGAAGUGGUUUAAAUCCCUGAGCGACCUGCGAGGGAAAGAGCGCUCUCUCCUCCACGGCGACUACUUCCCCCUCCACUCCUCCAACACCUCCCUCGCUUUCCUCCGCCUGUGGGACCAGAGCGAGAGAUACGUAACUGCUGUGAACUGGGGAGCGAAAGAGGAGACUCUGAAACUCAAAUUCCCGCCCACAGAGGGAGCAGAGUGGCCAAAGACGGCCAAGGUGAAGCUGGCGACCGACAAAGACCUGGAGGUGGACUCCGCCGUCAGCCUGGCCGAAGUCAAACUAGGACCUGAGCAAGCCGUUCUUCUGCAGUUCCCUUUCACAGGCUAAAGAUGGCGCCAAAAUAUAGGAGGCCGCCUAGAUUAGACCCUGUUUUUUUUUUAAAAAAAGAAAAAAGACACUAAUUCUUAGGGUAAAAUCAUGUAUUCAAAAAAAAAGGCUUUUUACCAGAAUAAACUGAACUUUGUAUUAGUUUAACCAGAAUUUAAAGGAAAAACCCCACAGAUAGAAAACAUUGGCCAGUACAAGUUCAUUUGAAAUAUGGGGUUUUCUUCAUAAACACUUUUCUUUUAAGUUUUCCGUGUUGGGAAAACACGCAGAGACCUCAGAAAUGCACUCUUUAUCAUGAUCAAUGUAAUUAUCAUUGUUCACGUAUGUGAAAGACAUUCCAUGUUUGAUCUUGAGGGCAUUCCCGCACCAGUCCUGCUGUAUUUUAGUUUUUUUUUUCUUUUUUUUAUUUAAUACGUUUUAUUGAAUUUCCGUUUUAGAGAUAGUUGUACUGACUGUUAUGGUUUCCAAAUAGGAAAUGGGGGGGGAAACAAGUUAACUUUGGACCUAUGUGGCAACGUGAGUAAACGAGUCAAACGAAGCGACCUGAAAUGAGAAUAAAAAGAAAGUUCUGCUCAG